UUCUUCCUUUUGUUCACCAAACUGUGAAGCCCUUUCCUUUUGUUCUGACCUUCAAACUCCUUUUCCAUUUCCCCCAAUCCCUCUAUUCCAAUUCCAGCCUAUCUUGGAUUCUGUUAAAGAUGCCAGAUCCAUCUGAAUUGCCAGAAAGUAGUAAUGAAAAUACUGAGUGCAGCACAAGGGGAGAUAGUGAGUAUGACAGGCUGGUCAACGAGACCACAAUUGAUGUUCAUACCUCGCAAUGUUCAGAAGAAGGAAAGAGUAGAUCAUUUGUUUGGUGGCUGAAAGCUCUUGCUUGUUUCUUCAUUCUGAUUGUACUUACCUUCAUAACUAUAAAAUGGGGAGUGCCCUUUGCUUUUGAAAAGGUUCUCUUGCCGAUUAUGCAGUGGGAAUCAUCAGCUUUUGGACGACCUGUUCUUGUUUUAGUGCUUAUUGCCUCUCUGGCUAUCUUCCCAGUGAUUUUAGUCCCUUCUGGGCCCUCCAUGUGGUUGGCAGGAAUGAUAUUUGGUUAUGGUCUUGGUUUUGUGAUCAUCAUGGUGGGGACGACCAUUGGAAUGGCAUUACCCUAUUUGAUUGGUUUACUAUUCCGUGACCGUUUACAUGCAUGGUUGAAGAGAUGGCCUCAGAAAACUGCCAUACUACUUAGGCUUGCUGGAGAAGGGAGCUGGUUUCAACAAUUUCGAGUUGUUGCACUCUUUCGAAUCUCACCAUUCCCAUACACAAUAUUCAAUUAUGGUGUGGUGGUUACAAAUAUGACAUUUGGACCUUACAUAUGUGGUUCAAUAGCUGGAAUGAUACCUGAGGCUUUCAUCUACAUUUAUGGCGGCCGGUUAAUACGGACUUUGGCUGACAUGCAGUACAGUAAUUACAGCUUGACUCCAGUGGAGAUAGUUUACAAUAUCAUAUCAUUUGUCAUUGCAAUUUUAAUGACAGUUGGUUUCACAGUUUAUGCAAAGAGAGCUCUGAAUGAUCUUGAAUCAUCAGAAGACAACCAAGAUGAGCGUAUCCAGGCCGUUGGUUCUUUUGAGUUGGAAAAGCUCCCACAGGAAAGGCCAAGGGCACCUUACUACCCAAAUUGACUGUGUAGCUUCUGAACAUAAAGAGUCAUACAGCCUUUGUAAGGAUCAGAUAAAAGUUUUUAGCAAGAGUGAAAACAAUUAUAUACAUGUUAUCAAAACGUAGAUUCCAAAUGGAGGGGGGAUUUGGUCAUUGUCAUCUUGUUGUAUAUGCCCUUGUAUUGGACAGACACAAAGACCCCAAACGUGGGUUGGACGGUUGGACUUCACGCAGCCCAGUUUGUACAUAAACAACACAACAGAGGUAAAGGAUAACCAUAUGUAACUAUGAAAAAUUCGCCAGUGAUUUUAUGAGUUCUUAUUUGCUUAUUGUGACUGUGAUUGUGAAUUAUUUAUUUGCCUUUUUAUUGAUACAUUGGAGAGCACUGAACAACGGUGAUUUCUCAGCA